AUGCCGACGCCCGGGUUCAUCUUGGAAUCGUCGGAUCUUAGGAUCGUCACUACGCGAUUCCCUCGAGGGCCCAUGGAGGGGCGUUAUGUCACUGGACUGCAAGGCCGAUGCGCCAGGCAGUUCCACCUGGUCAUCAACGCACAACAAGGCACGAGCAGGACGAUUGAGGCGGGAGAACAUUGGAUGAUCCGCUGGGACUAUGACCCGGAGAAAGGACCCCAUGUGAAUGCUUCGUUUGGAACGUCGAACGCCACCAAGUUCGCCUUCAAGCCGGUCCCGAGGCAUGCAGGACAGAGAGACGAUGAUCCAUACUGGGAGGCUAUCCUCGACCAGUCUCGAUCCAUCGCAUUUGACAAGCACAGGACCGACUCGUACCCGAUCGAUGCGAAGCAUUUGGCAGAACGGUGGAUACAUCGAUAUUGGGGACCUGCCCCAAAUUGGACAGCACAGAUCCACAGAUAG